AUGGCGACGCCUAAACCGACGAAGAACCAGCUGCGGCGAGCGAAGAAGAAGGAGGAAAAGAAGUCACAGAAAGCAGAGGUGAGUCAGUACCAGGGCUUGGAUGAUGCGCGUGCAGGUGCUCACGUACAGCAGACUGUCGAAGAGCCAAAGGCCGAAGCGAGCAUCAGAGAUGACAAGGCCGAGAGCAAGGACGAAAGCGCGCCAGUUGUUGAGGCCGCGGUGAAAGGCGAGACGGCCAUUGGCGAGGACAAGAAGGAGGCCGGUGCAGAUGCAGCGGAACAUGUGCAGACACUGGCCAGCAUAGACUACGACGACCCGGCGUUUUCGCAGUUUAAGGACAUCUUCAACAAGUUCGGACCGGACCUGGAAGGCGACGAUGUGGCCCGAGAAGCCAACGCGGGCAACCAGGGAGAGGUGCUCAUGGCGGAAGACGGAGUUCCAGAGGAGGAGCAAGAGGAUGGGCCGGCCAAGAUGUCGAAGAAGAAGCGGAAGAAGCUCAACACGCUAUCGAUUGCGCAGCUGAAGGCGUCGGUGAGCAAUCCGGAGGUGGUAGAAUGGCACGACGUCUCGUCCUCGGACCCUCGGCUUCUGGUGGUGAUCAAGGCGCAGAAGAACAUUGUUCCGGUUCCGGGACACUGGUCGCUGAAGCGGGAAUACCUGUCGAGCAAGCGCGGUAUUGAGAAGCCGGCGUUCCGGCUGCCGGCAUUCAUAUCGGAGACGGGCAUCACGGAAAUGCGCGACGCGGUGUUGGAGAAGCAGGCGGAGCAGACGCUGAAGCAGAAGCAGCGCGAGAGGGUGCAGCCGAAGAUGGGCAAGCUGGACAUCGACUACCAGAAGCUGUACGAUGCAUUUUUCCGGUUCCAGACGAAGCCAUCGCUGACGCGAUUUGGCGACGUGUAUUACGAGGGCAAGGAGUGGGAGGCGGAGUUCCGCAACUUCAAGCCAGGCGAGAUCAGCGAGAGCCUGCAGGAGGCGCUCAACAUGCCGCCGGGGUUCCCGCCGCCAUGGCUGCUGCAGCAACAGCGCAUGGGACCGCCGCCGUCGUAUCCGAACCUCAAGAUCCCGGGACUAAACGCGCUGCUUCCGCCAGGAGCGUCGUGGGGCUUCCAGGCCGGGCAAUGGGGCAAGCCGCCAGUAGACGAGUACAACCGGCCGCUGUACGGUGGCGACAUCUUUGGGGUGCCGGGGGCGAGCGAAGCGGGCGGCGAGGUGGACGGGGCGCAGCGGACGCAGGGCGAGCCGAUCGAGCGGGCGAUCUGGGGCGAGCUGCAGCCGCCGGAAGAGGACGAGGAGGAAGAGGAGGAAGAGGACGAGGAAGACGAGGACGAAGACGAGGACGUGGCAGACGGGCUGCAGACGCCUUCAGGACUGGAGACUCCGAGCGGAUUUGUCAGCUCGGUGCCGACAGAUUAUCCGGCAGGGCCGCUGGGAGUAGAGUCCAGCAUGGCGGGCGAGCUGGAUCUGCGUAAGCAGCGGCGGGGAUACGAGACGGAGGACUCGGUAGCAGGGCCACGGUCGGCAUACACGGUGAUCCCGGAGCGGCAGGCGCAGGCGCAGGGUUUCUUUGGCAGCGACCGGACGUACGACCUAAAGGGAGGCCGUGCGGCGGCGACAGCGGCAGCAGCAGCAGCUGGGGCACCGGUUUUGGGUCAGGACGACGACGCGGGCCGCAAACGCAAGAAGCCCGGCGACGUGGACGUGGCGCUGGACCCGGACGCGCUGCUGAGCCACGACGGGAUCAGCAAGGACGAGCUGCAGCGGCGGUUCGAGGAGGGGCGACAGGACGAGGGCGUGGGGGCGCAGUGGAAGAAGCAGCAGUACGACGACGACCUGAGCGAGAUGAUUGCGCAGGAGAGUCGGAAGCGGCAGAAGCGGGAAGAGGAGCGGCGGGGCGGCGUGGCCGAGAAGAAGAAGGAGGCCAAGUACCGGUUUUAG